UCUCUGUGUGUGUGUGAUUGUGUUUGCGGUUUUGCAUACUUGGAUAUGGGUUUUCCUUGGGGUAUUGGAGGGACGACACUUCACUCUUUGAAACUUGCAGCCAUUCCAUCUUCUUCUUCCAUCUUCAGACCCACUUUGCCUAAGAUCCUCACCUUGUAUUCCCGUCGACACUUCUUCAAGUUGCAGAGGUCUAUACUUCCUUUCUUCACCAGAGAUUUUUCAGCGCCGGCUUCAGCCCCAGCCCUUCAAACCACCCCCAUUAUCCAUGAAGACCAAAAGGUUGCGAAACCUCAAUGGAGAGCUGCAAUAGAUUUCAAAUGGAUUCGGGACAACAAAGAUGCUGUUGCCGCCAAUAUUAAGAACAGGAACUCCAAUACUGAUUUGGAGCUAGUGCUUGAGCUUUACGAGAAAAUGUCUAAUCUUCAGAAGGAAGUUGAACGGCUUCGUGGGGAAAGAAAUGUGGUUGCAAACAAGAUGAAGGGAAAACUAGAACCAUCUGAGCGCCAGAAACUCAUAGAAGAAGGAAAGAAUAUUAAGGAAGGUCUUGUGUCUUUGGAAGAAGACCUCAUUCUACUCACUGAUAAGCUUCAACAAGAAGCACAAUGUAUACCAAAUAUGGCUCAUCCGGAUGUUCCAAUAGGAGGGGAGGAUUGCUCAGCUUUGAGAAAGAUGGUUGGUAGUCCACGUGAUUUCAACUUCCCUGUCAAAGACCACCUCCAAAUUGGGAAAGAACUUGAUCUCUUUGAUUUGGAUGCAGCUGCAGAGGUAAGUGGGUCAAAAUUCUACUACCUAAAGAAUGAGGCGGUUUUGUUAGAAAUGGGACUUAUCAAUUGGACACUUUCAGAAGUUAUGAAAAGGGGCUUUAUACCUCUAACCACCCCGGAGAUUGUACGAUCAUCUGUUGUUGAGAAGUGUGGAUUUCAACCUCGUGGAACAAACACCCAGGUUUAUUCUAUCAAAGAUAGUGACCAAUGUCUCAUUGGGACUGCAGAAAUUCCUGUGGGGGGAAUUCAUAUGGAUUCCAUCCUAGCUGAUUUGACCUUACCUUUGAAGUAUGUUGCUUAUUCUCAUUGCUUCCGUACUGAGGCUGGUGCUGCUGGCACAGCGACAAGGGGCCUUUAUCGAGUCCAUCAGUUCAGCAAGGUGGAAAUGUUCAUCUUGUGUCGACCAGAGGAUAGUGAUACCUACCAUGAUGAGCUCAUUAGAAUUGAAGAAGAUCUGUUCUCAUCACUAGGAAUUCAUUUCAAGAUAUUGGAUAUGGCAUCCGGUGAUUUGGGUGCACCUGCUUAUCGCAAAUUUGAUGUCGAGGCAUGGAUGCCAGGUCUUGGACGGUAUGGCGAGAUAUCAAGUGCAUCAAACUGUACUGAUUAUCAAAGCCGGCGGUUGGGUAUAAGAUUCCGUCCAUCUGACUCGUCAACCAAUCCUAAGAAGGGUAAGGCUAGCCUUGCACCACCACAAUUUGUGCACACACUGAACGCAACCGCAUGUGCUGUCCCUCGGAUGAUUGUCUGUUUACUGGAGAAUUUUCAGCAAGAAGAUGGCUCUGUUAUCAUUCCUGAGCAGUUGAGACCCUUCAUGGGUGGGCUUCAUCGCAUCAUCCCCAAAUCAAAAUGAUGAUAAUGCUUUGAUGAUUAAGAUAUUUAUUUUC